AGAAGGCUGUCUGGUAUCAUCAUCCGAAUGUUGACCGUCUCGGAGAGAUGAUUGAACUCGUCUCGCUUACGCAUACACACACACCUAUUCUCGGGAAACAUUUUCCGUUUGCAACGGAGUGCACACUCGCUCAAACGCAUUCCUCAAAGUUUUAUGCUCUGUGUUGUUUACAGUUGAUUAACUCUUUCUGAGUUAUGGAUGUCUUGAGUCAAAAUAUACGCAUGUGCUUUACUGUGUUGGUGUUACUGAACGCGGUGGGCAUAUCUUUUGCUGUUAAAAAGACGUACGUCAGAGGAUCAGAGCGUCUCCAUCCACCUCUGGACAUUGAGCUGGAGACGAUCAACUGCACUGCAGUCCGGGUCAAGUGGUGGAUACCCUUGAGACACAUCAGUACUGUUACAGGUUACAAGGUGUUUUACACUGAGAUGAGGAAUGGCCGUCCAGCAAGUUCAGCAGUAGCAGUGAAUGUUCGUCUCAGUCUGGACGUGUUGGCUGCAGUAAAGUUCAAUGGGCACACCAUUUUUGAUGUAGAAAUUGGCAGUUUGAAGAUGGCAGCUCAGUAUGUGUUUAGUGUCGGUGCGUAUGGAUGGGCAGGAGAGGGACGACCCAGCGUGCCACGGAGAGUCAGCACCUUCCAACCAGAGAUGUGCAUGCCCCCCUCGGCCCCCUCACAACCAGCCGUGAGGGCUAUUUCGGACACUGAAACCGAGUUGUCAUGGAAACAGAGUGAAAGAAAGGGAAGCUCACCUGUCCUUCAUUUCAUUGUGUAUUAUAUCAGACCAGAGCUGGACUCUGAUUGGACGUCCCUAAAGGAUCCAGUGAACAGCAGCUCGGUGGUUGUGAGAGGCCUGGAUCCUGACACUCAGUACCAUUUUGCUGUCCAGGCAGUCAAUGUCUACGGAGCCAGCCCACACAGUGCCAUCACUGACCCAGUAUGGACCUUCAGAAGGGGGCAGCGGGAGCUUGGGUCAGGGUUCUCCUGA